UUAAGGGAAUGCAGCUGGAUCAGAAGUAGAUGGAUGUCAUGGGAAGGCAAAGAGACUUAUGAACUAGGAGAAAGGAAAGAUUGCUUUGAAUGUGUGAAGGAAAUCUGGAAGAAGUGCGAACCCGAAAGAGUCCAACAAUGGGGAGUAGUGAUGUGGUACCUCUGGAAAGAGAGGUGCAACCACCUGAACAAUAACCACAAACUUGCGGAAGAUGAGAUUAUCCCCAAGGCUCUGGCAUGGCUUGAUUCCUACCUGGAAGCCCAUGGAUCUGGGGGGGCCCGAUCGUGAUGCAGGAAGUGGGGGAAACCCGAUUGGCAGAUGGUCGCCGCCGCCGAUUGGGGUGGUCAAACUUAACACUGAUGCGGGUAUUCUUAAUCGAACGGGAACGGGGAUGGGUUGCGUUAUUCGGGAUUGGAUGGGGAGAUUCAUAGGGGCCUCGGCUUUGAAGGAGAGGGGAGCUGGGAGACCGAUCGAAGCUGAAGCGAAGGCCAUCUGGAUGGGGUUGAAGGAAGCGAACAGAAGGGGAUUGAGCCCGAUCAUUGUAGAGUCAGAUUGUGAGGUGUUGAUUCGAAAGCUGAGGAGGAAGGAGAUGGAUCGGACGGAAUUGGGGAGCUGGUGCGAGGAAAUAUUGAGGCUUGCUGAGACAAAUGAAAAUCUGUCUGGAGAACAGGUAAUCUGGAGCUUUGUGUCAAGAACAUACAAUGGGGCUGCUCACUGGCUCGCCCAUUCCAUUGGUGUGUGGAACAGCCAGGUGGUUUGGGUGGAUGAGCCACCAUUGUCGUUGCUUGUUUUGCUUGAGGCGGAUAUGGGCCGUUCCUCUUUGGGCCUAGUGUAACUUUCUUGUUUGAGUAAUACAAAUUCAGGUUCCCAUAAAAAAAAAAAAAGAAAUAUAGAUGAACGAUUAAUAUAUAUAUAUGGUGGCUACUUCGAUGCACCCAAAAAAAUGAGUGCAUUCAAUGCACUCAAGUCUAAAAGUAGCCUUAAGACAACAAAUUUUGGAUUUUAAUUGGUAACAUUAGUAUGAAAUGAUGAUAGAACAUAUGAUCACAACUAAUUAAUCCAUUACCCUAACCCUAAGCCUUCAAUUUUGAACACAAACCCAAACCCCCAAAUUAUAAACCCUAACCCUACCCUAAAUCCCUAAACCCUUAAUCCUUCAAAAUAAAGUAAAUCUUGAAUGACCAU